AAUGUUUCGUUCUUUAACAUUUUAUUCUGCGGAUGCCACUUUUUUUGAUGUUUUUUAAAAGCCUUGGUCGCGCUUCAAUUUUUUUUUUUUCGCAAAAUUUAUUUUUAGUUAUUAGUUCCUAGGGAUAUACCUCUGAUAUGGCGUUGAUACUUAAACGAGCUUAUCAGAGCUAUUUUUGGCUGAUGGACGAAUUAUCAGAUCCAAGGGCUUUAGAAUAUCCCUUAAUGAGAUCACCCAUUCCAACGAUAAUAAUCCUCUACCUGUGGCUGAAAUUCAUCUUCCAUUGGGGCCCAGAAUAUAUGAAGACAAGAGAACCUUUCAAUUUGAAGAAAAUUAUGAUAGUAUAUAAUAUUCUACAGAUGAUUGCUAAUGCAUAUAUCGUUUAUUACACCAUUAUGGCAAGAGACAUUAUAAAUUGGCGUUGUACGGAAGUGGACUAUUCUAACAGUUACUGGGGUCGCAAAUUUUUAAGUGUAGCUUAUUUUUAUUAUAUGUUGAAAAUAUCUGAUCUUCUUGACACGGUAUUUUUUGUCCUUAGAAAAAAGAAUAGUCACGUUAGUUUUCUUCACACAUACCAUCAUUUUGGCAUGGUAAUUUUGGGAUGGAUAGCCACCAAAUUUCUCGGAGGUGGUCAUUCUUAUUUUGUGGGUAUGGCCAAUGCAGCGGUCCAUACAAUCAUGUAUGGUUACUAUCUUUUGACGGCGUAUGAUAGUAAAUUCAGCAAAAUGAUAUGGCUGAAGAGAUUUAUUACACAAGCUCAGUUGGUCCAAUUUGGUUUUAUUCUGUUUGUGUUCGUCCAGUUACUUUUCAGCGGCGAGAGCUGCAGAUAUCCCAAAAUUAUAGCGUACUUCAUCAUUCCGCAAAACAUCUUCAUGAUUACUUUGUUUGGAGAUUUCUACAUCCGAACUUAUAUUUUGGCACCAAGAAAGAAGAAAAUAGCAAAAGCUUUAUUGAAAGAUGAUUCAUAGUGCUUCAUUUGGUGAGAAAGAAUACUUUUGAAUCCAAAACAGUCAUACAUUGUGCCCCAUGGAUACCAUAUUAUAGUUUUUAAGUUAUAUCUAAUUUGUAGUAACUAAUAAGACUUAUUGAUUGAUACUUAUUUUCAAGUCGGAGUUCUUAUGUCCUCUUUAUUUUGUUUUUGUGUUUAUAUCAAAUAAAGUUAGAUGAAACCAUUGAAUUUUGAGCUCCCCAAUAA